AUGCACAACUCUACGUGCAACCCCCCCACCUCCUCUUUUCGCGUUUAUUACCGUCCACGUACAUGCCCUGUUCGGGAAACAAGACGCGUAAACAGAACCGGAACGCAGACCGCACAGCACACGAAAACCAGACGCGUAAAACCGUGUCUUUUUUCGGAAACCGCGCAGCGACGCGUUUCUUCGCUCUCUUUUCUUUUUAGUUCCCGCUUUCGGUCACGAGAUGCGGUGUCCCCUGCCAGUAACGUAUAUACAGGUGAAGGGCGCACGCAGAGGCAGUCCAAAAGGAAACAGUUUUGCUGCCAAAAUCACGAAACUUGGGAACAUAAAGACCGGUGCAACAGUGGCGAGAAAGAAGAGGAAGAGGAAGAAGUUACGCGUCUUAGGUGUAAGUUUCUUUUCUUUUUCCUUUUGAUUACGAAUCACGUACUGCUGGGAAACUACUCUGUUAGGUUACAUUUUUUUCCCAUUCCACUGUUCGCUCUGCGUCUGCGUCUGUUGGCUGUUUCAGCAUUCCGAUAUAUAAAGAUCCGCUUCUUUCCAGAACUUUGA